AUGGACCCCCAUGGACCCCAUGGACCCCCAUGGACCCCCAUGGACCCCCAUGGACCCCCAUGGACCCCAUGGACCCCAUGGACCCCCAUGGACCCCAUGGACCCCAUGGACCCCAUGGACCCCAUGGACCCCAUGGAUGGACCCCAUGGACCCCAUGGACCCCAUGGACCCCAUGGACCCCCAUGGACCCCCAUGGACCCCAUGGACCCCAUGGACCCCCAUGGACCCCCAUGGACCCCCAUGGACCCCAUGGACCCCCAUGGACCCCCAUGGACCCCCAUGGACCCCAUGGACCCCCCAUGGACCCCAUGGACCUCCAUGGACCCCCAUGGACCCCCAUGGAGCCCCAUGGACCCCCAUGGACCCCAUGGACCCCCAUGGACCCCCAUGGACCCCAUGGACCCCCAUGGACCCCCAUGA